AUGAAAGUUUUGAUAACGGCGCCGCUGUUUGCAUUAUUCUCGUUCGUUGCGCUUGAGGACCUGGCUAUUCCUAACGAAAUUUCAGGAGCCACGAAGCAAGCGAAAACAAGGAAAUGCCACACACCAGGAAAACCGGUUGUUACAAUUGGUUACAUUGUGCAUGGAUUUAAUAUUACAUCUGAGGUCAAAUUGGAGCCUGAUUUUCAUUACUGGCAAAGUGAACUCCUAAGACAGGCAAACGAAUGGCUGCAGGAGUAUAAGGUAAACAUAAGACUUGAAAAUACGACUGUCGCACAAGCUACUAGCACGCAGUCGACAAGAAUAGAAAAGUGGAGAAGCAAAAAUGGUUAUGUUAGUCCCUUUGAGGUUCUGAGAUACCUAAAAGAAGAUAUAAAAAAUCACACAAAGUAUAACCCUGAUAUUGUCAUCCUUGUUACAAAAGUACCUCUGACCCUCUAUACUUUGGGUUUUGGUUCAUACGAGCCGCUUUGUCAUGACGUUGUGCCAAUAUUUUUAACAUACAAGAAGGAGUUGGUUAAAGAUACAGGCGAUCGUUUGGGUCAGGUGAUUUUAAACAGCUUAAAUAUAAAUAACUACAAUACCUGGAAUAGAAUGCGAGAAGCAGAUCGGUGGCACUACUUUGAGAAAUGCGUAGCACAAAGGUUGCAAGAAGACUACUUUUGA